AUGUACGACGACCAAUACCAUUACCGUUCUGCCAGUUUUACAGAGCGGUGAACCCAAUUGGUUAGACUCCGAGAAUAUUGUCUUGUAAUCAAGUCGUCAGUCAAACAUGUACAAGGGGCAAAUCUCCCGCUCGAAUGCUUUUAGCUUCCCACUGCAUUUCACUGUUCCUUGAUAAUGAGUGCCAGCUUCGGUGUCCCGUCCUAUUUGAAACACCCCGAACAGGUGGACGAGUUGGCACUGUUUCAUGACAACUGGGCUGUGCCUAGUAUAGCACUUCCUUCUUUCGAGGCGGCUAUCCCUGGAGGUUCAUUCACACCCCCAGGAGAUAGAGCAAAUGCCAAAGUUCCCAUCCCGCGAAAUGCUCAACGCACCAAUUGGAUUAACAGAGGUCGAGUGAGUCGAGCUUGUGAAAAUUGUCGCGAUCAAAAGGCCAAAUGCAGCGGACAACGCCCAGUUUGCCAUCGGUGUCAAGAUGCCGGCGUUGUGUGUUCUUAUGGCGACCGGAAGAAGGAAAAUAUGGCCAAGCAGUUGAAUGAUCUGACUUCGCAGGUUGACACGCUUGAAUCCCUGCUGCGUGAUAUCUAUCCCAGGCUCGAUGUUCUAUCAUCCCAGCUAGUGGAUCAGACACUGAAGGAAAUACGCUCUCGAACUCCGCUCCCCCCGUCCAAUCCUGCUGUUCCCAACUUGCCCACCCUCCUACCAAGCCAUACUUGGCAGGUGAACCCUUCGUUGUCCUUCACAGAUGCUAGCCUGGGCUCUCCGUUUGGUACUGCGGAGUACACAGACGAGGACUAUAAUCGGGAUGACAAGGUACAGGCCAUGGGUUUCGUUGGCGAACACUCGGAGAUGGCAUGGUUGUACAGACUUAAACGCGACCUCGAUCAAGAUAGCUUUCCACCAAUCGAGGAGACCCCUGGACGCCCUGCGAUUUCCUCCGUGAAUUACUUCCAAGAUGAUUCAGACCUCUUAUUGCCCGACACCAUCGACUUCACACACUGGCCCCCGCAACACCUUGCUGACAACCUCGUUGACGCUUACUUUUACGCCGUGCAUCCUGCAUUCCCGAUAUUCGGCAGGGUCACGUUCCUGCACCAAUACCGGUCCUUUUACUCAAAUCCGAAUUUGCGACCUGGCAAGAGAUGGCUGGCAUUGCUAAACUUGGUCUUUGCUAUUGCGACGAGAUAUGCAGUCCUGACCGAUCAGCUCCAGCCGGACCAGGAUGAUCAUCAGACAUUCUUUGCACGGGCCUGGAGUCUGAGUAUAGGCAAAGUCGCAUUGCUGGACCAUCCGGACCUGCAACAGGUGCAGGUUGAGGGAUUGGCCGCGUUCUAUCUUCUGUCUAUUGGGCAAGUCAAUAGAUCUUGGAGAAUUAUUGGGAUCGCGAUUCGAUCGGCGGUGACAAUGGGUCUGAAUCUUCGGAGCGAGAGCGAGAGUGUCCCGCAAUUCUCGAAAGAAAUUCGCUACCGUUUAUGGUGGGCGCUUUUCAUGCUAGAUACAGUUCUUUGCGAGAUGACCGGUCGUCCUCUAAGCAUGAGAGAAAUAUUCUACACGACACCCCUUCCAGCACCAUUCCAAGAAGAGGAUUUUCGGGAUGAUCGGGUCGUGCAGCUUAUCACCAGACAAGAGAUUCGAGGUGCAUUCGUUACUUCCUUGCUUCCUAAUAGCACCUUGACUCCUCUGCAGGAUGGUGUGAGUCGCAAGCAUCCGCCCCAACUGGGAUUCAGUCAAAGAAAGCGGGAGAUCCGAACCCCUGAAGCACUGGUUGAGAGUCAAACACCUAGUCUAACACCAAACACGUCUCUCUACUUUUUAUACGCGGUGGAUCUAGCCCAUCUCCUACGAGAGACGAUAAACAUCCUAUAUGCCCCUAGAGCGACGCGAUUAUCGCGUCGCGAGAUUGAAACAGCAAUUUCUACCUUCAAUGACCGCGCUGACGACUGGCUUUCUCAUCUACCAGCCGAAUUCAAUUUUGCAACGCCAAACACCAAUGUAGCACAGCCAUUCACACAGCAAAGUGCCAGUCUCGCGUUCAGAUUCUACGCCACUAAAUUGAUCAUCACGCAACCCUCUCUCCGUCUCUGCCAGUCUUCGACGGAACCAAGAUCUCCAGGGGCAACAUGCGACGAUAUGGCGACGAUAUGCGUCCAGACCGCGUGUCAAAUGCUAGACUUACUACCUGAGUCAGCAGAUACUUAUUGGCUGUAUAGCAUUGCUCCAUGGUGGUGUGUCCUCCACAAUAUUAUGCAGUCGACGACUAUUCUCCUUGUCGAGCUCUUUACUCGCACUCAUCUGGGUACAGCCAAGGCCACAAGCCUUAUCCAACGAGUGCAGAAAGCGACUCGAUGGCUGAAUGAGAUGUCUGCUAAAGAUCCUUCCUCGCAGCGUGCCUGGUCGGUUUGUACUGAUAUUCUCUUGCGGCAUGGUUUGAAGUUUUGGCCUUGAUGCUGAAUGUCUUGCGCCCGCUUCUGCUUAUGGACGGUCAUGGUCACUUUACGUCUGGGAUUUUGUUUCUGAUUAUGCCAUAUCUCGCGAAAUAUCGGUAUGGUGCCGUGGUGCAUUUCUAAUUUUUAUUAUUAUU